AUGAGUGCAAGUAACGAUAUUCAAAAAGUAACAGAAACCAUACCUGGUCCACAUCAAGUUAAUCCAUAUGGUCCAAACCCUGGUGAUUUUCUUUCUAAUGUUAACAAUUUUCAAUUGAUUGAUUCUACUUUAAGAGAAGGUGAACAAUUCGCUAAUGCUUUCUUUGAUACUGAAAAGAAAAUUGAAAUUGCUAAAGCUUUAGAUGAUUUUGGUGUUGAUUAUAUUGAAUUGACUUCUCCUGUUGCUUCUGAACAAUCUCGUAAGGAUUGUGAAGCUAUCUGUAAACUUGGUUUAAAAGCAAAGAUUUUAACUCAUAUCAGAUGCCAUAUGGAUGAUGCUAAAGUUGCUGUAGAGACAGGUGUUGACGGUGUGGAUGUUGUUAUCGGUACUUCUAAAUUUUUAAGACAAUAUUCUCAUGGUAAAGAUAUGAAUUAUAUUGCUAAGAGUGCUGUUGAAGUCAUUGAAUUUGUUAAAUCUAAAGGUAUUGAAAUUAGAUUUUCUUCUGAAGAUUCUUUUAGAAGUGAUUUAGUAGAUUUAUUAAACAUUUAUAAGACUGUCGAUAAGAUUGGUGUCAAUAGAGUUGGUAUUGCAGAUACUGUUGGGUGUGCUAAUCCAAGACAAGUUUAUGAAUUAAUUAGAACUUUAAAGAGUGUUGUCUCUUGUGAUAUUGAAUGUCAUUUCCAUAAUGAUACCGGUUGUGCCAUUGCUAAUGCUUAUUGUGCUCUUGAAGGUGGUGCUCGUCUAAUCGAUGUCAGUGUUCUAGGUAUCGGUGAAAGAAAUGGUAUUACUCCAUUAGGUGGUUUAAUGGCUCGUAUGAUUGUUGCUGCACCAGAAUAUGUUAAAUCCAAAUAUAAGUUACAUAAGAUUAGAGAUAUUGAAAAUUUGGUUGCUGAAGCCGUUGAGGUUAAUAUUCCAUUUAAUAAUCCAAUCACAGGGUUCUGUGCUUUCACUCAUAAAGCAGGUAUUCAUGCAAAGGCAAUUUUGGCUAAUCCUUCGACUUAUGAAAUUUUAGAUCCUCAUGAUUUCGGUAUGAAGAGAUAUAUUCAUUUUGCUAAUAGAUUAACUGGUUGGAAUGCAAUUAAAUCAAGAGUUGAUCAAUUGAAUUUGAAUUUAACCGAUGAUCAAGUUAAAGAAGUUACAGCUAAGAUUAAGAAGAUGGGUGAUAUUAGACCAUUGAAUAUUGAUGAUGUAGAUUCUAUCAUUAAGGAUUUCCACACUGGUUUAGCUACUCCAGCUAUUAAACCAGUAGAUGCCGGUACUGAUGAACCAGCUGCAAAGAAGACUAAAUAUUCCAAAUAA